AUGAUUGGCGCCUCAGAGCCCUCCGCGACCUCGAGGCUGUCUGCCUAUCUCUCCAGAUUGAAUCCCGUCCCAGCUUUCCCCGAAUACACCGGCCCAUACAAGGUCGGCACCCUCGACGUCGAGAUUCCCGUCGCCGAUCUGCCUUCUCCGGCCCCGCAACCCGACAUUGCCAGCGACAUCCCGACGGUGUUGUUUCGAGUCUUCUAUCCUGCAGUCGCCGAAUCCAACGAGAAGCUCAUCAGCUGGCUGCCCGCACCGCAAAGGCACUAUGUCUCUGCUUACACCAAGUUCAUGGGCGUUGGACACACUCUAGCCGAGCUCCUCUCAUUUCUACCUCGACAUCUUCACUACACCUCCAUUCCCGCUCACAAAAACGCCACCUUGGAAUCCGCCAAUACCGACGACAAGCGAUGGCCAACCAUGAUCUUCUCCCAUGGCCUGGGAGGGAGCCGAAACUCGUAUUCAUACAUUGCCGGAUCGCUUGCUUCUCACGGAAUCGUCGUCAUCUGCCCCGAGCAUCGAGAUGGAAGCGCCGUCACCUCAUUUGUUCGUGUUCCUGGCCAGAACGGCCGCUUGGCCCGAAAGGUCGUCCCGUACAACCGAAUCUCCCACGAGGUCACACCCGAGGUGUACGAGGCGAGAGAAGCGCAGCUUAGGAUUAGACUUUGGGAGAUGGGCUUGGUUCACGAAGCAGUUCUGGCCAUGGAUGCCGGCCGAGAGUUUACCAACCUGAAUCUCACCACUCCGAGCCUGGGCCAGUUCGUCGGCCGUCUGAACGUCAACGAACCCGGCAGCAUCAUCUUUGCGGGCCACAGCUUCGGCUCCACCACCGUGUACCAGUUUCUCAAGUGCACCUACUACGCCGAUGUUGCAGAGGUCGCAGCCAUGGAGGCGCCGUUGUUCAGACCCUCCAAGGACAGCAGCAUUCGGAAGCAGGUGACGGAGAAGAACGCCACUAUGCUCUUGGAUAUGUGGUGUCUGCCUCUGCUGGCCCCCAACUCGACUCCUCUGUUCAACCUACCGCUUCCCGUAUACGCCGAUGUCCCCUCAGCACCGGGAGGAACUGCGCUACUGGCUGUUGAAUCGGAAGCCUUUUUCAAGUGGCCUGAGCAUCUUCAUGUCACGGCACGAUUACUGUCUCCCGACCCUACGGCCAAAGUUGUCACCCCGGCAAUCUAUGAGCGGCCGAGUGGCAACAAGCUUCCGGAGCCCAACUUCUUUUACGUCGGAAGCUCAGCUCAUCUGAGCCAGUCUGAUUUUGGCAUUCUGUUCCCACUCUUGACGAGGAAGAUCUUCAAUGCUGUCGAGCCCGAGCGUGCACUUCGCCUGAACCUGCGGGCGCAGCUGCAGUUUUUCCGAGCAAACAGCAUUCCUGUCGCGCGAACUUGGAUUGGGGAUCUUGUCGAUGGUUCUCACAUGGACAAGCUGGAUUUGGCAACUAAGGGCGGCUCCAGCUCUGAUGUGGCUGUCGAUGGGCUCGACGACGACAAGGCCAUUUUCGAUAGGAGCGGACACGAUGUCAUCGACUACUGGAACUGGAUCGACACCAUUGGCUUGGGAGAGCCAGAUGAGCAAAGGAGCGGCCAAACGACGACGGAGCAGAUUGAACAGAGCGAAGAGCAAAUGAAGGGCGAGCUGGAGCCCAGCGAACAACCCGCUCAGCCAGCCGCCAUGAAAGGCGUCACUCUGCCCCAAGGCCACGGCUGGCAGGAGAUUUAA